UUUUCAUAAAAAUUCCCUGUCUUGAAAGGUAUUGAGAAGCUGCUUCAUACAUAUAAUUAAAAUGUCAAGUUCAGAUGAUGCACAAAGGAAGAAGAGAAUCGCAACUAUUGCGAUUUGUUCUUUCCUCUUGGUGGCCAUGGUGGUUGCUGUGACAGUUGGGGUUAGCAUCAAUGAAACCAACUCCGAGGAGGAAACCAAUAAUGGCAGUAAAAAUGCUGAGUUAUCUUCCUCAGUGAAGGCAAUCAAAUCCAUUUGCCAACCAACAGAUUAUAGGAAAACAUGUGAAGAGCAACUCCGCAAAGAGGCUGGAAAUACAACUGACAUCAAAGAACUCGUCCAAGCAGCAUUCAAGGCAGCAAUGAAGUUUGCGUCUCAAGCUGCCAAGAAUUCUACUACCUUGAGAGAUCUUGAAAAAGAUCCAAGAUCGAAGAAAGCUCUAGAUGUCUGCAAACAACUAAUGACUUAUUCAAUAAAUGAACUCCAAAAAUCAUUCAACCAGAUUGAUAAGUUAGAUGUUACCAGGUUUGAUAAAAUGUUGGCUGAUUUAAAGAUUUGGUUGAGUGCUACAAUCACCAACCAACAAACUUGCUUAGAUGGAUUCAGAAAUACAACGACCAACGCUGGAGAGAAAAUGAAGAAGGCAUUGAAUAUUUCCAUGCAACUCAGCAGAAACGGCCUUGCAAUAGCCACUGAGAUGUCUGCAGUGCUUAAACAAUUAGAAAUUCAAGGUGUAAGUCGUCGCCUACUCCAAGAUAAAGAACUUCCUGUUAUUGGGCAUUCUGAUUGGACUGCUUUGUUAGAGAAUAAUCCCUGGAACCGUCGUCUACUCCAAGAUAAUGAUGAGGUACCUGUCCUUGGCCAUGCUGCAUUUGAGAUUCAGUAUGGAUUUCGGAGACUCAUGGCAGCUACUCCAUCUAGAAUCAAGCCUGAUAUUGUCGUGGCCAAGGACGGGAGUGGAGACUUCACCACCAUUAAGGCUGCAAUGGGCCGCAUCCCCCUGAAUGCUGUCAAGCCUUUUGUCAUAUAUAUCAAGGAAGGAGUUUAUGAGGAGAAUCUCGAAUUCGUUUACAGUAUGGUUAAUGUGGCGCUUAUCGGAGAUGGUAAAGAGAAAACCCGAAUCACAGGUCGCCUCAACAAUGCUGAUGGAGUUCCCACCUUCAGGACUGCUACAGUUGCUGUUAAUGGAGACAACUUCUUUGCCAAAAACAUUGGGUUCGAGAACUCUGCUGGGGCAGCCAAAUUCCAAGCUGUGGCCUUGAUGGUCAUAUCCGAUUUCUCAGUCUUCUACAACUGCUCCAUGGAUGGUUACCAGGACACACUUUACGUUCACAGCAAACGCCAAUUCUACCGUGAUUGCACGAUCUCUGGAACAAUCGAUUUCGUUUUCGGUGAUGCAGCUGUAGUUUUCCAGAACUGCACAUUCCUUGUCCUCAAGCCAUUAGAUAAACAGCAAAACAUUGUUACCGCCCAAGGCAGAAUCGACGUUCGCCAACCAACAGCUAUUGUCAUCCAAAACUCCACAUUCAUUGCUGCUCCUGAAUUAGUUCCUGUCAAGGACAAGUUCCCAACAUAUCUUGGCCGUCCAUGGGGAAACUUCUCAAGGACAAUAAUCAUAGAGUCUUACCUUGAUGAGUUGAUCAAACCUGAAGGGUGGACAAUUUGGGAUGGUCCCUGGGGCCUAAACACUUGCUUCUAUUCUGAAUUCAAUAACCAUGGCCCUGGUUCUAAGACGACAGGCCGUGUUACAUGGCGUGGAAUUAAGAAAAUUAAACAGGCGGCAGCACUUGGAUACACUCCAGGAAAGUUCUUCGAUGGUGACUCCUGGAUUAAGCCUAGAAGAGUGCCUUACACCGCAGGCUUAUUCAAGAUACACAACAAAAAAUUGCAGAUAAAAGUGCGAUCGAAGGCUGUAGCUCAUUGA